ACUCUGUACCACCGCACAUGAUCUGAAUUCUCCUCCAAAAUGUAAAUAUUAUGCUUCCAACUUUCCAUAGUAGACCGCAUUUGUAUCGCGAGCUGGAGAAAAGUGUGCGUAAAGGUGCGUUUUCUAUCUUAUGCAUGCGUAAAAUUGUAAGAAGCGAGCCUGCAGCUUUGGACUCUAGGCGUUAUCUCCAUUUACUCCGCCUCUUUAAGUUUGCCCUACAUCUGUCUGCUAUGGGCUCUUUACGUGAGCGCAGCCAGCUCUGAGCUCUGCCGUUAUUUGUAAUAUCACCCCCGCUAAGCAAAAUAAAACAAAACGAAGCGCACCGCUCGGAAAUGUAAUUCUUCUUGCUCACUAAGCGGUCUCCAGAAGAUGGACCUUAAAUCCGAGCUCCUCAAGUCGAUCUGGUACGCUUUCACAUCGCUGGACGUGGAGAGGUGCGGGAAGGUAUCCAAAUCUCAACUAAAGGUCCUUUCCCACAACCUGUACACGGUUCUGAACAUCCCACAUGACCCGGUUGCCCUGGAGGAGCACUUCCAGGAUGAUGAUGAUGGUCCGGUUUCUAACCAUGGCUACAUGCCCUACCUCAACAAAUAUAUACUGGAUAAGGUGAAAGAGGGGAUGUUUGACAAAGAAAGAUUUGACGACUUGUGCUGGAUGAUGACCAUGAAGAAGAAUUUCAACAUGACAUCGCAGAGGCUGCUGCUGUCGGAGCGGGACUGCUUUAAGCUCUUCUGUUUGUUCAACCUGCUGUCUGAGGACAGCUACCCACUGGUGAUGAUCACAGAGGAGGUAGAAUAUCUCCUGAAGAAAAUCUGCACAGCUAUGAGCCAGGAGUGGGAUGUGAAGCCCUUAGAGGACCUUAUAAGUCGGGACCCCACAGUGCAGGAAGAGGGCAUGUCGGUGUGGACGUUCCUGGAGCAGAUGAGUACGGGUCAGCUGCUGAGGGUCACCAGCGUCGAGGCUUUCAGCUUGGCUUUGCACGAAGUCUUCCUGGAGAUGUAUCACAAUGUCCUCAAGAGGGGCUAUAUGUGGAAAAAGGGGCACAUGCGCAGGAACUGGACGGAGCGCUGGUUCGUGCUCAGGUCCUCCUCCAUGGUCUACUACGUCAGCGAGGACUUAAAAGACAAGCGAGGGGAAAUCCAGCUGGACAAGAGCUGCGUUGUAGAGCCUGUUCCAGACAGGGAGGGGAAACGCUGCCUGUUCUGUGUGAAAACCCACAACAAAACCUACGAGAUGAGCGCUUCUGACCAGAGGCAGAAGGUGGAGUGGACUCAAGCUAUUCAAACAGCCCUCCGUCUUCAGCGUGAGGGUAACUCCUCCCUCCACCAGGAGCUGAAGCUGAAGCGGCGCGUCCAGCGGGAACACAGCAACCGGGAGCGCAGCCGCAGCACCCGGAGCAGCUGCAGCAGCCGGAGCAGCCAAUCAGAUGACUCCAACUUCCAAGAGAUGGAGCGGAUGGAGAAGGAGAAGGAGAAGCAGGAUUUGGAAAUUGAGAGCAUCAUUCAGCAUGCGCGAGAGUUGGAGAUCCGCAGAAGGGAGUCGGAGGAGAGGGAGAGAAGGAAGCAGAGGGAGGUGCAGAUGGAUCUGGAGAGACAGCUGAAGGAGGCUGAAAUGAUGAGGGACAGCAUGCAGGCUGAGAUCCAGGAGAAGGAAAGGAAGGCCGAGCAGCAGAAGAGACGGAUCCAGGAGCUGGAGCUGACGCAGCAGAAGCUGGAAGCAGCUCUCAGCAUGGAGAUCCAGGCUCGGCUGGAGGAGGAGAGGGCCCGACAGGAGCUGGAGAGGUUGCUGGAGGCUGAAGAGGAGAAGAAGAUGCAGUUUCAGCUCCUCCAGGAACAGGAGAAGAUCUUGCAGCGCCUUAGCUCCACGUGCGAAGCCUCAAACGGGACGGUGGACGAGAACACGCCGUCCGCCCUCUACUCGGCCUCCGUGGAGCUCCGAAAUUUGCAGGCAUCUCGUAAGAGGAGCCAUCAGCACCUUGAGGAGAUGCAGGAGAGGCUGAGAAACGCCAGUCAGCACGUACGCCACUGGAACGUCCAGCUGAACCGCCUGAUGACGCCGAUCACUCCUGCAGAGCGUUUGGACAGUCGUCUUCAGUCAAAAUAUACUUGUCCCAAAAAAGAAGGAGCGCUGGCCAGCAACGAGUUCAUCUGUAAAUAUAAGAUAAGGAACGAACAGAACAACAGAAUACGUGGAGACGAAUCGGAGAAUCUGGAGGUGCAGCUGGAGGCCGACAGCCUCUCAGAGGAAUCAGGAUGUUAGGAGUUUUAAUCACAUUUCAACUGUAAUUUAUCUUAAAACAGAGCAAUAUUUGGAAUCACUCAAGAAACACCUACAAUGUAAUAGAAAGUGUACAGAGACGUUUUUCUUAAAAGCAGCAAGUUGGGAAAUUUCUGUAGACGAACAAAUAAGAGAAGAGGAUGGAGUGCAGAUGAAUCACAGAGAAAGAAAGAAAGAAAGAUACAAAAACUAUUUCUGAAAGCUAUUUAAGAGACAAUGUUCUUCCUGCAGAAAGCAUUGAAUCAUAUUUACAGUAUUAUAUUUUGAGUGUAAAGAUGGAGAGCAAUGAUGAUAACAUAAGUCCCAGUCUAAUUAGCACCGAGCAAUACUAACAGUUUUCUACAAUAAAUUCUCUGGAGGUGUUGAAACAGUUUGUCAUGUUUGUCGCUUCAAUUAAAAGUCUGAAUGUAU